AAUACUGUUCUUAAACUGUGACCAUGUGGUUUACAGUCUCCGCCAGUUCUAGUGAUUGUUGUUUAUAAAUACUUAUAAAAUUUCUAAGCAAUAUCAGUUAAUUACUAUUCAGUCACAAAUAGCAAUCAAUAAGUUUUGCUCCUAUUAUACGGAUUGUUUAUGUUGAAACUUCGUCAUUAAGAUCAAGAACAUUAAAAAGAUAUGGUGGAAACAUAACCUUUUACAUAACCAGCACCAACAAUGGAGCAUAAGUUUGAUUUUCUUCAAAAAAAACAAACGGCCCAAAUACCAUGAAGAACUUAACAUCAAAACAAUUACAAAGAAUAGAAAAAAAGAGAAAGAAAAUGGCUGCCCUUUUAGAAAUUACUAAAUUAAAUGAUAAAGACAGAGAAGCAAAAAUACUUGCUCUUAAAACAGCAUCCAUAGGAUCAGAUCACUCUGAUAACACAGAUAGUGAAAUUUCUAUGGAAGAGAACUGUAAACGUAAACGACCCUGUAAUGAAGAUUUAAAAGAAACUUAUUCUGAGGAUUCUAGUAAAAAAGAUGUUGAAAUCAUGGAAGAAAUAGAUCCACUUGCCAAUAAAAAACCUAGAUUAAGUGGAGACGAAUACUUAAAAUUAAAACAAGAAUUAAGGGAACGUAAAAAGAGACUUAAAUCAAUUCCUAGGUUUCACCUAAAAGCAGUUGGUGAAAGUGCUAGUAUAAGUAUUAAUGCUAAAAGUGAUAAUAGGAUUCCUAUUUUUCUUAGCGAUGUACAACAUUUGUUACUUUAUUCAUUACAUGGCCAUCAUUCACCCUAUCUACCAACAAGAUGGUGUCAUCUUGAAAAGUAUAAUAAGGUAUCACAUACAGUGGUUCUAGUAAUAGAAGGCCUUUCUAUAUACCACUUUAUGGCUUAUGAAAGUAUGUUUUCACAUAUAACAUCAAAAUUGGAACAUCGUGUAGAAGUGGUAACACCUAUGAUAUAUGGAGGAUCAGUGAUAGAAGAUCUUGCAGCCGUUCCCAUAACUGGGGUACAAAGUGAUAAAUUGAUUAAACAGUACGGAUCAUUAGAAGGUGCAUUACAUAGUACUGGAGAUGUAAUAAAAUUAUUACGAACUGUUUUUCCGAUGUCUAAAACAACGGAUAUCGAAAGUUCUAUGAGCAUGUUUGAAUUACCUAUUACUGACAAAUUUCCUAGAACACAAUUACUUUUAUCUUUAUGUCAAAUGGUAGAAGAACAUUAUCCUAUUCCUUUAAGAGGCGAACUAGCCAAGAAAUAUGAAAGUUAUAUAAUGACAAAAGAUAUAUAUGUAGAAGCUACUGCAAAAUCUCCAAUGUUUGGUUUAGAUUGUGAAAUGUGUAGAACAGUCAGUGGAGAAUUAGAAUUGACAAGAAUAUCACUGGUUGAUGAAAAACUGAAUAUUAUUUAUGAUAGUCUGGUAAAACCGGAAAAUUCUAUCACGGAUUAUCUAACCCGAUUCAGUGGUAUAACAAAAGAAAUGUUGGAAAAUGUUACUACUACAUUAUCUGAUGUUCAAGAAAUGUUGCGAAAAUUACUUCCUCCAGAUGCUAUUCUUGUUGGACAGAGUUUAAACUCAGAUCUGCAUUCCUUAAGAAUGAUGCAUCCUUAUAUUAUUGAUACAUCUAUAAUUUAUAAUAUUACAGGUGACAGAUACAGGAAAACAAAAUUACAAACACUAGUAAGGGAAUUUCUUGGCGAACGAAUACAAGAAAGCAAAGCUGGUCAUUGUUCGACCGAAGAUUCAAAAGCUUGCAUGAAAUUAGUACAAUUAAAAUUAGCAAAUAGCCUAGACUACGGAGAUGCUGUCUUACUUGGCCGAUGUGAUAUCGAAAUAUUAAAGAUGGAAGUAGAAAAACGCGAUGCUAAUCAUAAAUCACUAAAAAGUGAAAUACGGAAAUAUGCUACUUCAAUCUUUAAGCAUGUAACUAAAGAUAAAAAAACUGCUGCUAUCGUGGGAAAUACAGAAGUUAUGGAUGAAUAUUCGAUGUAUUUAACGUCAUCCAUUAAUAUCAUGGAUGACAAAAAUUUUGAUAAGGAUGAUCAGGUGCGACUUGUAGUAGCAAAUAGUAAUAAGCAUGCCGUAACUCGAGCUUCUCAAAUAGCGAUGGAACACGCUUUUACUUUGUGUCACAUUAGAAUAAAAGAAGAAAAAUUAGAAAAUGACCGAAUGGAAGAAACGUUCUGUACAGUAAAUAAAUGGGUACAUAAAUUGUGGGAACAUAUGGCAAUAAAUGGAUUAGCAUGUGUUAUAUUUGCGGGAGAAAACAAUGCAGCAAAUGGUGUAUGUUUCUUGAAUAUAAAAAGAGAAGUACCUGAAAACUGCGUAAUACGCGCUUGAACAAAUAAGCAUUUAUUUGUACAUUAACUUCAACGAAAAUAAUAAAAAUUAUAAUUCUGACAACAUUAAAACAAAUUGUAAAAAAAUACAAAAAUCUAGAAAACAGUCAUGUGAU